UCAGUCCCAGCGACAGCAGGACAUUUUGUCUGGCCCCAGUCCGGUCAUUAGAGACCCCGUCUCACAAGCAGUCCAACGGAGACCUGAGGCUGAACCCACACUGGAGGCCCCAGAGCCCGAAGAGUCCCAAAAGCCCCAAGGUUCUGCGGCUGAGUCCCCAGGAAAGCAGUUUAUCGAUGAGGGCCAAGCUGCUGGAGUCGGACAGCAACGAGAACGGAGACGCCAUGGACGACUUCGAGGAGUACCGCCCCCCCACGCCGACCUCGGCCUCCACUCAGAACGGCUCCUCAUCGAAGGACAGCCUCCGCCUCCCCCCCUCCCAGGGAGACUCUGGCAGCGAGGAGGGGGGCUACUCCCCGGCCGGCUCCCCCAUGCCCGAGAGGGGGUUCCUUGGCGGUGCCGUCAAGAACACGCACCGGGCAUUGCUAGGCUGCGGCUCCCUCUUGUCCUCUGUGGCACUGGGUCGGGGCUUGGACGUUCCCCCCAGGGUUCCCCCUCGAACUAACCCUCCCGCCUUGGAGGAACGCUCCUCCUUUGAGCUGGAGAUCUCCCCCCCCAGGCCGCUCAUAACUGACCCCCCUGUGGUGGACGACCUCAUCACCUUCUCCACCUCUGAGCCGCUCCCCAAGCCACUGCUGGAUUUAGCCCUGCAGUACCAGGAGCUGAAGCCGUUGCCCCUGACGCCACCACCGCCCAACCCUCGCGAAAGGUCCGGCCCCCGGACACCGCAGACGCACUACAGCGGCCCGCCGAGCCCGGGGACUCCACUGCAGCAGGACGGCGCUGUCCCGGUGGACUGGACCGCUAGUUCUGGUUCCAGCAACGGAGAGCUGAGCAGCGAGGCCUGGGAGCACCGACCUGACCGCAGGAGGAGGUCCAGCUACGGCCUACACGCCUCCCAGCUGGUUUUAGAUCUCCCCCUAUGCCAAGACACACUGGACUUUGAGGACAAGACCUCCGUACCCUACGCCCUCCACCCCAACCCAGCGCUAUGGAGCCCCAAAACCCGGCGCCUAGAGGUCAGUGUCAUCCCCCGGCCACGCCCGUCUCCCAUCCGGCCCCGCAUCGACCCUUGGAGCUUCAUCUCGGCGGGUGGCGCCAUCUCAGCAGGCGGCCGCAGCCCCAUCCGCACAGACGGCCACGCCCUGGGCUACCAACCCUCGCCCACCAACCCCUUCACCAGCUGCGACCCUUUCCCCUCUCCGGACUGUGACCCCUUUGCCCUCAAGGCGGACCCUUCCAGCAGCUCUGACGGCGCGCCGCCCUUCGACCCGUUCUCCGCUCCGUUCCGGACCUCCCGAUCCGCCCCAUGCUCCGCCAACGGCUCGCCCACGCUGCCCUCGUUCCGCAUCGCACCCAUCAACCCGGCGGACCCGGCCUUCAUGGACCUGGGCUGGGCGGCCUGUGGCAAGCCUCUGGACGUGACCAAAGAGAGAGCCCACCCCCGCAGGACGCUUGGGCUCAAGCCCUUCAAGUCGCCAACGCAACUCAGAGACGAUCGCUUCUGAACCCAAAUCUCAUUCCCAGUCGUGGAUUAUAUGGAAUGCAGACUUCAUCCCAGCUAUACCUGAGUGAGGUUGACCCCGCCCCCAACUUCUUCAAAUUGAGUGUAAUUGGUGUUAAACAUUUCUGCUACGUUUGUGCUGCUCAAAUUUUAAUUAAUGUUAAUAAAUGUUUCUGGUGGUCAUCAAAGGUUAAUCAGCCACUUCACAUUUACAAAAUAAAACAUGUUUCUGAAGUUUUCGAAGAUCAACCAGCCCCUACCACCUCCGCACUAACAAAAUCAAACUGCACUGAUAUAAAUUAAUUGUGCUAUAUUUGUGUCCUGAUUAGUGCAGCUAAAAUUUUAGCAGCACCAAAUUUGACACAGAAUUGUUUUAAUAUUUUAAGUGUGAAAGCAGGGGCUGGGGGAACCUUUUGAUGACUUCGAAAAGUAUCUGGAAACGUUUACCGUUAAUUUGGUAGACGACGUCUGGGGGGGUCUGGUGACCUAGAAAUCUUAAAAAUCACAGCGGCACAAACAAAAAUGAAUACUGCACAAAUGGAACCCUGCUGAUUGAAACCAUAUGUUGUUUGAUUUUGUAAAUGUGGAAUGGCUGGUCGACUUUGUUGGCCUCUGGAAACAUUUAGUAAUAUCUUUUAAAAUAACAGCGGCACAAAUGAAGAUUUUUGCUGCACAAACGUUUGACACCAGUUUUGUUUAAUUUGAAGAAGGUGGCUGUUGUGGGUCAACUUCAAUCAGGUGCCAAUGCAAUUCAGUCCAGGACCAUUUUCACUACUGUUUUUUUUUUUUUUUUUUAGUUUUGUUUGUCUUUGGGACGAAAACUUGGAACCUUUCAAAUUAAAAUCCCACUGAGGGUAGGGAGCUGCAGGCAUUGUAGUUCUUUCUACCCCAGCCUGGUGGUUUGGAGAGCAGAAAGCCAGGGGAAAAGGUGAUACAAUGGAUUGUGGGAUAUCUGCCUGUGAACCAACGGCUGGUGCCAAUUUCAUUUUCCUUUUUCAUUUUUUCCUGGCGUCUCGUCUGUGUUACUGCUGUCCCUUUGAAGGAGCAGAAUCCAGAUCAGCAGCCUCAUCUUGAUCUUCUGUCAUCCUGCUCCUAUCAGCUGCUUUCAUCUCCCCCUGCUGCUUUGAAGCAUUGUGACAAUGCAGAGGUGGAUCAGGCCUUUUUUUUUUUUUUUUUUUUUUUUACAGCUUCAUCCUGCAGACUGAAAGCAGUCAGGACAAUGAAAGAAAAUUGGAGUGCCUUAUUUUGUGAAGUGUUUUUAAUAUAUAUAUAUACAUAUAUAUAUAUAUAUAUCUUAAAGGUUCCCCUGAACCAGUAAAUGGCCCGGGCCAUUUACAGCUGGUGCGUUAGACAAGAUUUGACCUAAAUUUUCCAGAUUGUGUAAGAAAAGAAAAAAAAAAAAAAAUAGAAGAAAAAAAAAUCAAAUGCUUGUGAGUGUGCAUCUGUGUCUCAUUGUUGGAAGAAAGCUUCUUUUCUUUUUCUUUUUACAGUUUUGUUGCUUUAUGGGAGAAUCCACUCGGUAGAUAUUCUAGGCCACUCAUGAAAUCCAAAACGAAAACCGCGACCCGGGCGUUACCCCCCUUCUACUCCCCCCCCACCUUCAGAAGUAGAAAGCAUUCCAGUCACAUUCCUCGGGAAAUGCCAGGGAUUGGACAGAUCCACUGGGCUGGCAGGCGACACGGCGGCCCAGGAAG